CACCCGGAUCCGGGAGCCGCCGGCUGUUUUGGCGCCAUUAGCAGCGGCUCCGCGGGAUGAGCAGCAAAACCAGUGCAGCGCCGGCCCGGUCAGUUGGAAAUGUUCCAUCUCCUUCUACAAGUAUGGGGAGCUCAGUGCAGUCAUUUAGGCCACUGUUCAAUGACUAUGGACCACCCUCUAUGGGUUAUUUGCAGGGAAUAAGCAGCAGUCAGGUGCCACAGAGUAAAUAUGCGGAGCUGCUUGCUAUAAUCGAAGAACUGGGGAAAGAUAUUCGACCAACAUAUGCUGGCAGUAAAAGUGCAAUGGAACGCCUAAAACGUGCUCUGAAUCAAAAACCCUCAUUCUUACAGAAAUACUGAAAGACCAAGAAAAAGGACAUCUUCAAUGGAUUCUGAAUUGAAAGAAGCAUCCAACUGAAUCUACAGAUGCUGAGAAAAUUCACCAGUAAGAGCUCCAGAGAGAAGUGUCUGGAAGCUAAGGGCAAAAGUUUUACUGCAGCAGAACACCCCACACAAUAUCCCUUGGAAAUCCAACUUCAGCAUGCAGAGUUCAUAGCCUGCAAGGGUGAGCUAAAUCCUUUUCACUUCCAGGUUGCAGAAAGUCCUGAGAAGCCCCUUUACCAAUUCAGUCAGAACUGCCAUUUGAACGAAACCCUUCACUAAUUCCAAUUCCCCAACUCCAAGCCUCAACACGUGACCUCCGAGUUAAAAAGGAAAAAACAAAUUAAUAAUUAAUACUCAACUCUUGGGAACUUUGUGACCAUCUGAAUCCUUGAACAGCAAGCCUGCAGUUCAUUCAAAUGUCUCAUGACUUGCAAUGUUAGAUCGCCGAUUAAAUCAAGUUGACAGAUCACUGACCCACACAGUCAUUGUUGAAAAUUCUUCUUCUUGAAAUGCACCACUGCCAUUUCGCACGGGAAAUCAAUUGUUCUGCAGUGAGCAGCGAUGCCAUCUUAGAAGACUGUAAGCUCUUAAAACACAUUUAAAAUCUUCAACAUGGAUCAAAAAUCCAACUCACCAGAUUGGUUUACACCAAGAAAAAAACAAAAAAACUGCGGAUGCUGGA